AUGCUCGGCGGCCUGUACGGCGACCUCCCGCCGCCGUCGUCGGCCGGCGACGAGGACAAGGCCUCCACGGCCUCCGUUUGGUCCAGCGCCACCAAGAUGGCGCCUCCCACCCUCCGCAAGCCGUCCACCACCUUCGCCCCACCCCCAUCUAUUCUCCGGAACCAGCACCUGCGCCCGCCCAAAGCCGCCUCCACCUCCGCCCCCGCUCCCCCCGUCGUUGCCGCCGAACCCGCCCCGGCCACCUCCUUCCAGCCCGCGUUCGUCGCCGUCCAGUCCACCGUGCUGGAGGAGUACGACCCUGCCAGGCCCAACGACUACGAGGACUACCGUAAGGACAAGCUCCGGCGCGCCAAGGAGGCUGAGCUGAACAAGGAGCUUGAGAGGCGGCGGCGCGAGGAGCAAGAGCGGGAGAGGGAACGCGAGCAGCGGGAGAGGGAGGCCCGCGAGCGCGAGGAGAAGGACUACCAGUCCAGGGCCUCCUCCUCAACAUAUCCGGCGAGGAGGCGUGGAAGAGGAGGGCAGCGAUGA